AUGAAUAGAAAUCAAAAAAUGAAAAUUUUCAUGUCAAUUCUUUUCCUGCCCAAACUUCAAGCGAUCCAAAAUCAAUUUUCUUUUUUCAACAGCAACACCGAAAAUUCCAACCAAAUCCGAAACUACUCCAAAAGGAGUUUCAUUAUCAACAACAACUGGAACAACAACAGGAUGUCAUAUAUUAAACCAACAAAGAGAAUAUCAAGUCAACAGGAUUUAGAAAAAUGGAUCGACUCACCAACUUAUAAUCUUGUGUUGGAUUUCAUUGUGGAAUUACAAACAUCAGUAAUUGGGAAGGCAAAUGAUACACCAAUAGAAGAAGAAAGCCCCGUCAUAGCCAAAUUAAAUCAUGCUUUAUCUCAGGUCAAUGAUCUUAUAGAUGAACAUCCUACACAUGAUACUACUUCCCGUUUUGGAAAGAUUGAAUUUCGUGAUUUUUAUAAAGAUUUAGCUGAGAAAUCAAAUGAUAUUAUAUCAGAAAUAACCACCAAGGGAUUAAUUGAAACAACUACAUAUUUUACUGAAUCUUGGGGUAAUAGUACAAGAAUAGAUUAUGGAUCAGGUCAUGAAUUAAAUUUUAUUUCAUUUUUAUUAUGUUUAAAACAAGAAGAACUCAUUACUCCAAAGGAUUAUCCAGCUAUAAUAUUAAAAGUAUUCACUCAAUAUAUGACAAUUAUGCGUAGAUUACAGAAAACUUUCUGGUUAGAACCUGCUGGAUCUCAUGGUGUUUGGGGAUUAGAUGAUUAUCAUUUUUUACCAUUUUUAUUUGGUGCUGCUCAAUUAUCUACACAUCCUCAUAUGAAACCUAAACUGAUUCAUAAUGAUGAAUUAGUGGAAAUGUAUCAUAAGAAAUAUAUGUAUUUGGAAUGUAUUUAUUUUAUUAACAAUAUUAAAACAAUUCCUAAUCAUCAAGGUAAAUUGAGUUUACGUUGGCAUUCUCCAAUGUUGGAUGAUAUUUCAUCUGCUAAAUCUUGGGAUAAAAUAAGAAUAGGAAUGGUUAAGAUGUAUAAAGUGGAAGUUCUUGGUAAAUUGCCAAUUAUGCAACAUUUCAUGUUUGGUAAUAUUAUAAAAUGUCCUGAUGGUGUUGAAGAGCAUAUUCAUGAAGAAGGUGAAAAUGAUGAUGAUCAUUGUGGUCAUGAUCAUGUUAAUACUUGGGGUGAUUGUUGUGGUAUCAAAAUCCCAAGUGGUAUUGCUGCUAGUGAAAGUCUUAAACAACAACCAAGAAUCCCAUUUGAUUGA